AUGAAUUCAUCUGUUGCUCAUAUUAUGGACACAGCAAUGAUUUACUUAUAUCAAAUAUUAGUCACUUAAUCAUCGAUACAAUUGUCUGAUAAAUACGAGUAAUCAGAACACAAACAUACUUCAAUUAUAGUUUUCCAAAGAUAUAUAUCAGAAAUCAAAGCUAUUUUCAUUUAUGCUUACGAUAACAAUUCUUUUAUUAUUAUUUAGUAAUAACACAUUGAUGUAGAUUAAUUAACAUCAAACCUAAAUCAUUACUAUGAAGCUAUUGAAAACUUUCUUACAAGCAUUCUUGAUUAAAAUAAAGAAGUGUGCUUGCAUUUUAUUAAUUAUGGUCCAGAUUUUAUAGAAGAAAAAGUGGAAACAAUUCAGCAUGCACUUAAAUUGCUUGAAUUACCUUCUCCUAAAAGUAAGAUAAUAAUUUGGAUGAACAAUCAGUAUCUAGUUUAACCAAAGAAGGGUUAUUUAAUGAUUUAAUAUUCUCUUAACUAAAGUGUGCUACUUAAAUUUCAGUAGGAUAUAAUUCAAAAUCAAGAGGUUUAUGAAAAGUUCACUUAAAAAUAGAUUAAAUAAGUAUAAGAGAUCCACUAAGAAUUUAUUAAAUAAUUAGAAUUGAACGAGUAAUAUGUACAAAUGUAUAACAUAUAUUCUUUAAUAAAAGAUGUUACAUUUAUACAUGAUAUACCAAAUUCUAUCUAUUAUUUAGCUAAAUUUCUUGUGAAUUUACCUAAAUAUACCUCUUAAGAGACUCUUGAAAUGAUAUCAAAGCUUAAAUUAUAUAAACAAAAUCAUGUAUACAUAUAACUCUAAAAAUAAACAAAUUAAAAAAAAAAUGAUGGAUAUAAAUAAGUGGUUUUAACUUAAUUAGCUCCCUUUAAAGAAGAGAAGAAUCGGCAUUUUCCUAUGAAAGGUCCUCAUUGUUAGAAGUAAAUGUACAUUUAUUAUAAUAGAUGUAAAGUUUGUUAAAAAUCAAAUAAUCAAAAGGUUCAUAAAUCAAGUUUUAUUUGUGAAAGCUGUCAUAAAUACUAUCAUAUAAAUGUAACACUUUGUACGGAUAAAUGUUUUAAAUAAUUUCAUUUAAAUCCUGCAUAUUAUUUAAAAAGAAAGAGAAGUAAGAAACAAACAAAGGUUGAAGAAUGA